AUGGCCCCGGCCCUGGUGCUUUUGCUGCACGGAGCCCUGCUGGGCCUCUGCUCCGGGGACAGCCUGUUUCCUAGCCGACAUCUCGUAUUGCAGAGCGGCCAGGAAGGCCGGGUGUUGGAGGACUGGCGCCAGCCUCUUUCACUGAAACUGAUGCAGGAAGCUGAGGACCUGUCUCUGCUGGGAUCGAGGGAUCUGGCCGAGCUGGAGCCGGAGUGUAGGGAACUCUUGACCGCCUUCGCCAACAGCAGCAUGAAGCUGACAGGUUGCUUGGUGCGGAGUGCCCGGCCCGUGAGGCUCUGCCAGAAUUGCUUUCGCCAGUUUCGGGAGAUCAACGAGCAGCUGGAGAACAUCACCAGGGCUGUAGGGGUGCGUAAUUUUUCAGAUAGCAGCAAGUGUUCCAGCAGCCUCUUGAUGUCUGAUAGGCUACAGAUUGUGUUGAUCCUGUCGACAUUUUUUAAUGACACUUGGGAGAAAGCAAACUGUGCAAAUUGUUUAAAGAACAACAGUGAAGGCUUAUCCAAUAACACAGUGAUGUUCCUGGCCUUAUUCAAUGCAUCACUGACGUGCUUUGAACACAACCUCCAGGCACAGGAAGACAGUAACUACACACAAGUAUGCAAAAACUGCAGUGUGACAUAUAAAAACCUGAAUGCUCUGUACAAGAGGAUGCAAGAGAGCAAGCAGGAACAUGAUGCUGAAGAACAGUCUCAUUUGUGCAUUGAUGUGGAAGAUGCAAUGAAUAUCACACGGAAGCUUUGGAGCAGGACUUUCAAUUGUUCUGUCCCCUUCAGUGACACAGUGUCUGUGGUUGCUGUUUCUUCAUUCAUUCUCUUUUUACCUGUUAUUUUCUACCUGAGUAGCUUCCUUCACUCGAAGCAGAAAAAGCGUAUCUUGAUUCUCCCUAAGCGGAUCCAAUCAAGUGCCAGUCUUGUGAACAUCCAAGAAAAAUGCCACUGAGUCUGCAGAAUGCAAACCAGAACAGGGUGUAUACUUGAUUGUUCUAAAGGAUACAAUUAUGAUUUAGCUCUGCAUUUAGUGUAUUGUAACCCAUUAAAAUGCCCUGUAACUCUCCAACAAUUACAUACACUAAUAGGGCAAAGGUUUCCCACUGAAGACAAAAUAUGGUCUCCAAAGUGAAAGGAAAUUGAGACUCCCUUUCCCCCCAAUCUAUACAGUUGCUUUUGAAUCACUUGGUUUCUCAUGGGUAAUCAUUCAUAUUGACUUGUUUUCCAUAUACCUCCUAAACUGUCACAAAUCUCCAAUUGUGUUGAUAAGCCUAGUGUUAAUGUCUGUAUAUGAACUGAAAAUGUUCCUGGUGUUUGUUUUGAUUUAGAUUUAGAAAUGUAGUUAUUUGUAGAAGUUUUUUCCAGAUAUUUUCAGGAGUUCUGCUUAACUGCUAAUAAUUAUCUGGAAUUUUCGGUUAUAAAUCUUAGUUCUCUAACCAAUCCAAAUUAAUUGAUUCAAUGUUAUAGUUUUAAAUGCCUCAUUGCUGGCAUUAAUAAAAGAGCAGAACUACUGAAUUAAGUAAAAUUUGUGGAAUUUUGCCUUGGCAGGGUUUUUAUCCCCUGAUACUGCUGUGGGUUGGGGCCCAAUCCCCCAAGAACUGAGCUUCAACAAACUGUACUAAUCUGAGUUGCAUGAGAGAAGUAACUGAGGGGUCCAACCAACUGAGGAACUGCUACUUUUUCUCCUUUGAUUUUAACAGGGUUUAUUUUUCUCUCUCAAAACUAAACUUUAUGAAGUGGCUGUAUAUUUCAUGAUGCAAAGUAUAAAUAUAUUUAUAAAUAGAAUAUUUUGCUAUUUUUGUAUAUAUUGCCAGAUGGAAAAUUACAAUUUUUUAACAAAAAAAAAAUCACUGAAGAUGCUGAAUUGCUUGGACCGAAAUUGCUUGGGCCUAAGAUAUAAAUGGGUUUACAUAUAUUUUAUGGAAAGUUGUGAUGCUUUGAUUUUGUUUUUACACAUAGUUUUGAACAUUUCUAAGUAGAAAUAUUUUAGUAACAAACUGGGCACAUAGAUUUUUUUCUGUCAUUUUAGCAAGAUUUAAAAAUAUUUUUAAACCUGAAUUCUCUGACUAGUGUGUUUUAAAUAUUGAUAUGAAUUUUUUUAAAGAUCCUGGCUUGAAAUUCUCCCCCCCCCCCCCCAACAAACAAUAGGCUGUUCAAUUUGACCACUGCCUUGCGUGGUAUAUUAUUUUUCUCAGAUUCUAUUUCAACUGUUCAGUUGGAGGCUUUAGUAUCAGUAAAUUACACACAUUAAUUGAAAGAUAUAAGAGAGACAGAAUAACUGUAACACAGACCUAAUGAAUACUAUAAUAGGUUGAAGGAGUGAGACCUGGACUCCUGCAGGUCUCUCUUUUCUUUUCUUUUCUUUUCUUUUCUACUUUUCUUUCUUUUUUUACUCUUGCAGGUCUCUCAUUGCAUAUAAACUGUUCUGUAUGAGUGGAUUUAUAGCACAUAUGUCCUGCCUGCAUGAAUCAUGAUCUAUCUACUAGAAGGAGGAGGUGGAAAGGACACGUGGGUGAGGCACUUGUAGAAAUAAAUGUUCCGUUGAAUGGCAUGUUUUAUGGGGGAAUGAGUAGCAUGGCAUGUACAAACAUGGCAUUAACUGUCAAGCCACACAAUGUGUAGAACGUGCACUGGCAUGUGAACAGUCAAGUGAUGAGAAAAAUCUCACGUGAUUUUUGUACACUUUCAACCCAUAGUUUAUAUUUGUAGUAAUUGCCAUUCUGAGCAUUUGACAGCAGUUUAUCUGGUUGUGCCAUUUCUCCCUGGAGAGAGUUAACGUGGGAGUCCACAAGGACUUACAAAAGGCAUCUCAUUUCCCCUCCACCACUAUUUCCUCCUUCCUUUUCCGAAAGUCUUCAUAGUCUCUUUUCUUCCUCUGCCUCAUUCGCUUCUCAUCCAAUCACCAAUAUGCCUUUUAUCUGCUUCCCACUAUGAGCUAUUUUUACUAUUAUUUACUUCAUUUAUAACCCCACCUUUCUCCACAAUGGGGAUCAAAGCAGCAUACAUUAUUCUGCUUUCCUCCUUUUUAUCUGAACAACAACCCUGUAGGAUAAGCUAGGCUGAAAGUAAGGAUGCAUAGAAAAUAACAAAUCUGACUGUCUACUUACUGGGUUCCAAAUAAAGCAUAGAUAGCAUUAUUGAGAUGUAAAGUUUCCAGAGCUUAAUACAGUUGUCUUUCUGGCAGCAAGGAGGGGUAAGUGGGGAAAAAGGG